CUGGCGUGUGCUGCAAAGGCGAGAAUAUCGACAUCGACUUUUUUUUUUCUCAGCAGACUUUUUAUUGUUUUCUAAAAGACCCUCUGAAUAGCGGAUUUCUAACUUUCGGCUCUCUAUUUCUCGGCUCCUCACGUAGUCUCCAUGAGUUACUUCAAAGGUAUCUUACGGUCGCUGAGCCAGAGGCCGGACCAGGAAGAAGAGGCCAUACAAACUUUAAGCAACCGCUUGCAGCAUGCCUCUUUAGCCGCUGACCGGAAACUGGCCGUGCUAGGCCUCAAAAGCUUCAGUCGCCAGUUCCGAGAGAGCGUGGUGCAGUAUGGUUUGCGGGCCCUCCUCCAGACAUUGGGCAAGGAUACCGAAAACGCGCCCUUGGUGAAGGCAGUUUUGGAGACGCUUCUCAACUUGUUUCUAAGAACCGGCGACAGCUCGGAGGUAGACGCCCAGAAGUUGGGGUGGAUCUCAAACCAGUCACGUGCCCAGAACGGCAAGUACCCGUCGCCGCUUUUAGUGGAGCCCAUUGAAAUCGACGAGUUUUCGCAGUGGAUUGCUGACGAGGUCAUUCUGACGGACGAUCACGUGUGCAGCUUGAUGCUGGUGUUGCAGAAGCACGGCGGGUUCCAGAUCAGGCUCUAUGCGCUCCAGCUUCUCGAGGCCGUGGUGGCCACACGGGCCAUUCGGGCCAAGGAGUGCAUCUUGAAUAUCCCCUUGGCAAUAUCGACCAUCGUGGGGUUGCUAGACGACCCGAACGACCCGAUUAGAAACGAGGCCAUUCUAUUGUUGAUGGCCUUGGUGAACAACAACUACAACAUCCAGAAGUUGGUGGCAUUCGAAAACACCUUCGAGCGGAUCUUCGCCAUCAUCGAGGAGGAGGGUGGCAUCCGUGGCUCCAUUUUGGUGCAAGACUGUAUGACGCUCCUCACGAACUUGUUGAUGUACAAUGCGUCCAAUCAGACCUUUUUCUUGGAAACCGACUGUGUGCCCAAAUUGGCCAGUCUCAUUGCCGAGCCCAUCGAGGCGUCGUCUCCGGUCGGCCUUCCGACAGAAAACGGCGAUGCCAUUCUAGCCCCGCCGAUCGUCUGGACUGAGCAAAGGUUGCAGAACAUGGCUAUUUUGCUAGACAUCUGCAGAUCUUUUGUGGACCCCCAAAACCAGCACUUGGUGCAAAACCAACAAAAGCUCCACUCGUCAGGCAUUUUCCUCAGUAUUUUGCGCCUAGUCUUCUCGCCAGAAAUGGAGAACCCGAUUCGUAAGGCCGCCUUGCAGGUCACAGGGGACAUCAUCUGCAACAAUGCACACUUGCAGUUACAAUUUGCCCACAUUGACGUACCGUACAUCGACCCCUCAAUGCCGUUGCAAGCACAAAAAUAUACUGAGGCGAUUCCUGCUCCUCUUGCUCUCUUGAACUGGGCUCUCUUGACAAAUUCUGUCCAUGUUUUUGAGGUGCGCCUUGCAGCAGUGCACUGUCUUGCAAAGUUUUUCCUGGGCAACACAGACGCAAAAAUGGCGUUUUUGACUGACCAAAUUAAGGCCAGUAAGAGCAAAAACUACUAUAGCGAGAUCAAGCAGUCGGAGAAUGAAGCGGAGGGCGUGGAUGAGGUUAAACCCGAAGUGAACCACAAAUCAGAAAAAGGUUUUGAACCCGAAGUGAACCCCAAAUCAGCAGAAGGUUUUGAUGACUCUCAGAAGACACCGUAUGCGAACAUUUUUACCACUCUCACGGUUUUCAACUUCGAUGUUAAACUCAAUCCCUACAGUGCGUGGUUUUCUGCCGUCACCCUUGUCUAUCUUAUCAGUGACUGCCCUGAGACCAGGCAAUUAGCUCGAGAAAUGAAAGUUGGAAGCGCCGAAGAUGGCGAGGAGGAAAUGUCAUCCAUACAAGCAAUUGCAGGUAUGCUUAUAGCUAACCUUGAAAAUGCCGAUCCACGUAUUGCUGUUGGCUACCUCGUUCUCUUGACUCUCUGGUUGUAUGAAGACUUUGAAGCUGUUAACGAUUUUCUCUCGGACGCAACAAUCAUAAAGACAAUUGUGGCAUUUCUUUCGAAGAACUCAACAGAAUCGUCGGAAAUUGUUCAAGGCAUGGGCUCGGUUCUUGUUGGUGUCUGCUAUGACUUCUGCACCAAGUCCGCUCCCCUUCCAAGAGGCAAUUUGCACGAUCUUAUUACCAAAUCUCUCGGGGCUGAUAGUUACGCGCUCAAAGUCAAGAAAUUCAAGAACAAUCUGCUUUUCAAACAUUUCGAUGGCGAUCUCGAGUCGGACUUUGAAAGAGAUCUGUCGGGUCUACCAAACUUGUACUUUAUCCCGGAAUACGUUGAGUUGGUGAAGGAUAACUAUUACAGAAUUAGAAAAUCUUUGUCUCGUGGUCCCAACUUUGAGCCUCGGUCCAGAAUAUCUUUUGAGAUUUAUGAAGAAAUGGAAAACAAGAAUGCCGAGCUCGUAAGUGCCCUUGAAGAAUUGAAUUUAAAAGCAGAAGAGAACGAAAGAAAUCUCAAAAGCCAGGUCAAUGAAAGUGAGGCACAGUUAUCAAUUUCUUCUGAACUGCUUGAAAAAUGUAAACUUGAGAUCGAGGAGGCUAGAAAGAGUGAAGAAAAGUUGAUCGGAAAAAUAGAAAUUCUUUCCAAUAACAUUCAGAUCUUGGAGGUCGAAAAGAAAAAGCUUGAGUCAAGCUCUGCGCAUUACACAACGGAAUUUCACAAGCUUUCGAAAAAGACCGUGCAUGAUGAAGAGUCAAUAAAGCAGUUGACACAAAAAUUCUCAGACGCUGAAACCGCGAGGCAAAAGGCUGAAGAUGGUAUCAAUAAAAUGAGUAGGGAACUUUUUCAGCUCACCAAAGAGAAAAAAGAGUCCGACACUACAAUUUCCAGCCUUGAAAAAGAGCUUGUCAAGUUAAGAGCGCUGCAUGAGAAGAGCAUCCGAGAGUACCAGUCGAUGAUCGAUGCGUCCCGAAAAACAAACGAAGAGCUCAGAACGAAACUCGUGAUCUUGGAGAAACAAGGGUUUAAUCCUGUCACCAAUGGUGACGAAAAAGCUGCCACAAGAAUGCGCGAUCUUCAGGUCAAGGUAAGUGAAAUGGAAGAAGCCAAUGACAAUCUUAUGAUUAAACUCAGAUCAGCGGCUUCUGUGGUUCUGGGAUUGAGAUCGGACAAACUUGAGUUGGAAAAGGAAAAAGAGUCUUUGGAAGUCGAAUUGACACAUGCCUACGAAGAUCUAGAGGCCUUUACUCAAUUGCUCGAGGAGGUGGAAGAGCUCAAAGAUGUACAUCAAUCUCGUGACCUGGAUGGUCUAGAACUGUCUCCUGAACAAAUGCGAUCCAUCGUAGAGGAGAAACAAAAGCUUGAGGUUUGCUUAUCGAAAUCUAUGAAGACAAUUGAGGAAUUACAGUUUACCCUUGCAGAAGAAAGAGAAAAUUUUGAACGGGAAAGAAAAGCGCCAGAACUCGAUGAAAAACAACGUGAAACUGUUGAAUACAGUAAUUCCACUGCUUCUUCAGUCACCAAAGAGGAACAUGGAGAUAUGUCCUCAAGGGUUCAAGAAUUACGAGAAGAAAUCUCAGUAUUGCGUUCUAAUUUGCAAGACUCGGAAGAGACUCACAAACUUGAAAUCUCAGCGUAUACCGAUGAACUCGAUAUCCUAAAAACCGAUCAUCUGAGCGUGCUUGCGGAAUAUGAACAUUUGAAGGAAUUGUACGAAAAAGCCGUGGAAGGCAGAAGUUCACAGGAAGCUGACCCAUCUGUCUCACUGAACAAAGAGCAAAUCGCUAAAAUAAUCGAAGAUAAAGAAACGGAGCUAAAGACCUCUUCCAAGAGAGUCAAGGAACUUGAACGAAAUAUUGAGGUACUCUCCGAAAGUGCAAGUUCGUCAUUGGCAUCAUUCAAAAAAAGCCAAGAUUCUUUGAAAUCAAGAAUUGCACAAUUAGAGGAGUCCAAGAAAAAGAUGCUGGAAGAAAUCGAUGAACGCGAGCAGGAAAGGACUAAGUUGAUCCGCGACUUCCAAGAUGCUUACGAUGACCUUGACAGCUCGUACAUGGACAUGGAGCUUCUGAUGACCAAUCUUGAAAAACACAAAGACGACUUGGAGAAACAGCUUAAGAAACUCCAGGAAGACUCUUCUAACAAGAUAUCAAAGCUCUCUAUCGAAUGCGAGUCCUUGACAAAAACAUUGUCAGAAGCUCGUGCCGAUAGAGACAACCUUCGUCAAGAAUACUAUGAAUUGGAGAAACUGACAAAUAUCAUUGGAAGUGAAUUAAAGGCCAAAGAAGCGCUUCUUCAAGCGAUCAGCAACAAGGGAGCAGACCUCGCGGCCAAAGAUAAAAUUGUCAUAGAGAUCAAGGAAAAACUCGCAAGCACUAUCGCGGACUUGGGUGAUUCUGCUCAGAAGUUGAGACUCUUGAAUGAGGAAAAAUCUGAUUUGAGUAAAUUGUACGAUGAAAAAGUUGAGGACUACAAGCGGUCUGAAAAAAGAAUCAGUGAUUUAGAGGAUCAAAUGGCCAUGAGUUCUAAGGAGCUUGAGAAGUCCUUUGACGAAAAUCGAAGGCUUGCAGCAGUUCAGAAGAACUUUUUCGAAGCCAAGAAAGCCAACGGAGAGUACUUGACAAAAAUUGAGACCCUCGAGCAUGAGCUAGUGAGUCUCAGAACUGCAUUGAAUGAAGUGAACCAGACUUUGGAUGAGCAACGCAAGCUUAAUUGUGACAACUCUCUGACUGCAGUUUUGGAGUUCACGGAGAAAAGCACCAAGUUGGAACAAUCAAUUAUCGAAAACCAAGAUUUGCACGUCAGUCAGCUCGAGGAAAUCCGGGAGUCAACCCAAUUGCAGAUUGAGAACUUGAAUAAAACUCUUGCAGCGCUUAAAGAAGAGAAUGAAGAAUUGUCCAAGAAAUUGAGACAAAGAGAGUUCACGGAAGCCGAACUUGAGAGCGCCCAGAUCAACGAUCAUACGUUAGUCAUCGACCAAUCCCGGAAGGAACUUGAGCAGGCGACGUGCGAUUUGGAAGCUUGUCAGGAAAACCUUUCCAAGGGUGCAUUUGAAUUAGCGGCGAAGGAGAAAAAGCUCGAAGAGCUCAAGACAGCCCUUAAAGAGGAAUCUAGUGAGCAUACGUCCGAGGUUCUUGAGAUGAGAGCUCAAAUCCUGAAGUGGGAGACUAGUGUCUCCGAGAAAGAGGCGUGUAUCGAGAUGUUGAAGAGAGAGAAAACAGAGAUGGCUGAGAUUCUUGAAGAAAAUCAAAGGGAACGAGAGCAGCACCAUAUUUCAAAGACCUUGGGCCUUGAAAAAGAGACGCUUUCUGCAUCAGACAUCUCCCAGGGCGAUGCGGCCGAUAUGGAUCUCCUGGAGAAGGAUCUAACAGAGUACCAAGAAGAAGGAUUGAGGGAAAAAUUGGGCGAAAAAACGAUCGAGUUGGAGAGACAAUCGGAGUCACUCGCGGAAGCGCAUCGCUUGAUCCAACAGCUUGAAGACAAAUUGAGGUGUUUUGAAGCGCCCAACUCUCAAGAAGACGUGGUUAACGGGCUUAGGAGCCAGAUCCAAGAGCUCGAGGUGGAAUUGCAAAUUCUCAGGGAAACGGAUGCUAUGGCGACCAAGGAUCAUUUAGGAAAGGGCCUAGAGGGCCAUGCAUCUGCAUGUCACAAUGGCAUGGGUGCUGGUGCGCCUGUCACCCAAUCACCCGAGAGCGAGUCAAAAGAACGGAUGAAUGAAGAAGAGAUAUUAGGUUUGCAGGAGGAAAUCAGAUUGCUCAAGUCCAGGGCGCACGAUGAGAUGGUGGAUCAUACCACAAGACUCAGAGAGCUCGAAGCAAGUCUCAAGGAAAAGUCGGAUAGACUAAUGGAUGCGGAGUCGGAGAUCAACGAUCAGCAUGAACGAUUGGUGGCAGCAGAAGAGAAAGUGAGACCAAGUGCAGAAUCACUGGAGAAUGAUGCCCGUGAGCAUGACGGCGGCGGUGAAGUGGAUGAGGAUUCCGAGGGGCACUCGCUAGCACAAGAAAGCGAGAUAUCCAAAUUGAGAGAGGAGAUCACAGGCCUCGAAGCGAGGCUCGAGGAGCAGUCAGAGCAGUCCCGGGAAAGGGAAGCCGAAGUGAGUGAAACAGAGAACACCCAGGAGGACUUUGCGGACUUGGUGUUGCUUUGUGACCAUCAGGAGCGGAAAAUCGAAAAGUACAAGAGGAAGUUGAGGGCGCUCGACAUAGUUGUCAGCAGUGACGAGAGUGAGGAUGACCUCCUCUAGAAUGUGGAGCCGUGAGGGCGAAGCACGGGCGUAUUGCUGUACUCCUAGAUUGCAAUCGCCCAUGUACCACAAACAGGCGGUGGGGGCCGUGUAUAUCCUGGCGUCUAAUCGAACACACUCAAAAACGAUCAUGGAGCUAGCCAAGCCCGCCUCGCCGACAUCUGGGGCAUGGGUGCAAAUUGACCGACCAGCCGUAUGAAGGGAAGGCGCAUGCUGGGCGCGGCGCCACAGCCAUGUUCUUCGGGCACGCAAAACAUUUAGUGGGGAAAAAAAGGCAGUAACUGAUUUGUCUGGACAGUAAUUGGUUUGUCUCGGCCGCAAUUAAUUUGUCGGGGCAGUAACUGAUUUGUCUGGGCAGCAAUUGGUUUGUCUGGGCAGUAAUUGGUUUGUCGGGGCAAUAAUUGAUUUGUCUGGGCCGCAAUUAAUUUGUCUGGG